AUGUCAGUGACACAAAGAUGCACAAAAUCUGCAGAGCUAUCAAACCUUGACAAAAGACCACUUUUCGUAUUAGGAAUAUUUUCAGCUGAUCGGAAUGUUGAAUAUAGGAAUGCACUUCGGUCGACAUGGCUGUCUACUGUAAAUCUAUUACAAGAUACACUUCCUUUCAGAAUAACAUAUAAGUUUCUAAUGGACCAGCCAACAAAGAUUACAAUGUUAGAAAAGAGCAAAUACAACGAUAUUCUUUUUCUAAAUGUGACUAUGAAGGGACGAGCGGUAAGAUUUGGAGAGAAAUUAUAUGUGUGGUAUAAAUACGUUCAUGAAAAAUACCCGGAUGUGUCACUUAUUGCAAAAUUAGAUGAUGAUACAUUUAUUUGUGUCCCACAGAUUUUCAAAAGACUUAAUGAACUGAAAUCACAGACAUUAUAUUAUGGGUGGACACAUGGUGGCGGACAGAAACUAAAUGCAAAAGAGUUUUAUUUAGACGAAAUUUUUGUAGUUGUUGGUAAAAAAAUAAUAGAUAGAAUUGUUAAACGCAAAUAUUGUACAGAUCAGAAAGGAUGCAACGCUAGCAUUGACUUGAUUGAUACUAACUUUGCUGAUACGUCUUUAGUAUCUUGGUUGUCUAUUUACAUUGAUAUUGAUUACGUUGCAGAUAACAAAAUGAUUAUUCACAUGGGCCGAGGUCAUGAAGCAACGAUACUGAUGAACAUAAAGCCAGGAUUUUGUACAAGGUAUAUCCUAAACCACAAAUCAUCCGUGGAUGUGAUGAAGCAACUCCAUAAAUAUAACACACCUGUAACCUUCUCAAAUGUUGGGUCCAUUGGUUCUGUAACCGGAUCGUUGUUUUCGGGUCAUGUCGUAAGAACACUUUUACCGACGUCGAUAACGAAUAAGUAUAAAUAUUUGGCAAUGUUAGACAAAAUGCCAGAGUGCAAUAACUGGGCUGUUGUCACGACAAUACAUUCUCCAUCAAAAGCUAUGAAAACCAUAGCGUCGCUGUCGAAUUGGUGCCUAGUUAUAGUAGCUGACAAUUUGACACCGUUGGAGGGUACAUAUCUCCCAGGACUUGGAUUUGAUAAGACCCGAAACAGAAUCAAAUAUCUUUCUGUAAAGGAACAAAGCAAGUUAUAUCCUUUGUUAUCAGAAAUUAUACCAAUUAAUCAUUUUGGAAGAAAAAACAUUGGAUAUAUGUAUGCUAUCCAUCACAAAGCUAAAUAUAUAUGGGACUUCGAUGACGAUAAUAAUGGAAUGAUUGAACUAAACGAUUUCAAAAUGGAAACACAUUUCCAUUACGUCACAGUUUGUAAAGGUAUGAAAAGUAUUCUCCUAAACCCUUAUACAUAUUUCGGAGUGGAGGAAACUUAUACCUGGCCAAGGGGAUUUCCCCUACAAGAUAUUAGAAACGAAACUACUAAACCAAAACUAUGCAAUUCAAGUGAUACAUUGACUCUUGGCAUCGUGCAAUCAUUAGCCAAUAAUCAGCCAGACAUAGAUGCUAUUUAUAGACUGACACGUGAUGUUCCUUUUGACUUUAAAGCAACCAGAAAGUCUCAUCUCUCAUUAGUGUUGCCUAAAUAUUCCUAUGCACCAUUCAAUGCCCAGGCGAAUUUAUGGCUACCGCCGGCGUUUCCUUACCUAGCAUUACCUAUUAGUGUGAAUGGGCGUGUCAGUGAUAUUUGGAGAAGCUACAUUGCUCAAUUCUUUCUUCACAGAAAAGAUAUCCGUUUGGCCUUUUCGCCACCGUAUGUCACACAAGAAAGAAACUCUCAUAAUAUCUUAAAAGAUUUUAAUGCAGAGUUGGAUUUGUACCACAAAAGUAAAGAGUUGGUGGAAUUCCUUUCAUCGGAAAAAUCUGGCAAUUUGACAGAUAUUUGGGAGCUGUACAAAAAUUUAUAUAUGAGAGAAUAUAUAGAGCAAUUCGAUAUACAAUUCGCUGAGGCAUGGAAAAUGACACUGACAAGUAUUGGCCAAGUGAUAUAG